AAAUAGUAAACCACGUGACUGUUGGUAUAAUAGCCUCCCCCCUACCUGGCGAUUUCAUUCCAGUUUUUGGCGGUCAUACAGUUAGUUACCCUCGUUGCCAGCUGCAGUUUAUCAACCCUUGAUAAGCAUAAAAGUUGAACAUCAAAGCACACAAAUAAUUUGAUAUAGAUUUACGAUUUGUUAAAUAAUUAUGGCAGGAUCCGUGAUAGAUAAAGAACUUAGAAUUGUUAUGGUCGGAAAAACAGGAGUUGGAAAAAGCUCGUUGGGUAACAGCUUGCUGGGAAGACAUCACUUUAUAUCAAGUAUUGCUGGAAAGUCCGUCACGGCUAAAUGUAAAGUUGGGCAUAGUAAUCAUAUUGAUGGGACCCCGCUCUGCAUCGUCGACACACCAGGGUUAUUCGACAACACAAAAUCGUCCGAACAAAACAUGACGGAAAUAGUACGGUGCGUUGGAAUGUCAUCCCCCGGUCCACACGCCUUUCUCUUCGUCGUCAACAUCAACAACCGAUUCACCCAAGAGGAGCAGGAAACCGUAAAUCAGCUGUUGGGUCUCUUUGGGGAGCAAGUCAUCAACCAUGUUGUAAUCGUCUUCACUGGUAAAGAAUCGCUGAACUUCCAGAAAUUGACAUUGGCCAAAUAUUUAGAGGAUGCUCAUGAGGAGCUCAGCAAUUUAGUUCAACGAUGUCGUUCACGCUGCGUCACCAUAAAUAAUCGUGCAGAAGACCCCGAGCGUCAAGCAGAUGUUAAUGGCAUUAUUGAUAUGGUGAGAAGAACCAUUAGUCAAAAUGGCGAAACUUACUAUACGGGAGCAAUGUACGAAGCGGCAGAGAAGGCGCUCAAAGAAAGAAUGAAGUUAAUCGACGAGGAAAAACAUAAAAAGGAACGAGAACUCCAAAAGAAACAAGAAAAACUUGAACAACAGGAGAGGGAACUAAAAGAGUCUGCUGUAAAACUAACACAGGAGCAUGAAAAUGAGAAGCGAAAACUGGCGUCUGAUCUGCUAGCACUGCAGAUGUCUAAUACUCGUCAAGACGCGCGAAAUGAGAUCCAGUCGUCGUCAGGUGGCGUCCUUAAAACAUUACUUAAAGCUGUUGGCAAUGUGAUAGGGGGCGUUCUGUCUGGCCUUGCAAAUGCUGGACUACAAAGAGCUUUCAAUCGCAAAUGAAACAAGUGGUUAAACGCGACUGUCCUGUUUUGCCGGAUACAAGAAUGUCACCGAUUCCUUCUCAAAAUGCUUUGUUGUAAAUAAUCAGCCUUUUAUAAACUUUAUAGUUGUAUUAUUGCGAUAAUUAUUAAAUAAAAUAACACUAAUGGGGUUUAAAGUGCUACUUUUAUACUCCGACUGGGCUAAUGAAGACUGGCAUACAUCACAGUGUGCUAUUUCGAAUUCCAGCUGUCAAGGGUUAUUUUAAAUGCACGUGUUUUCGUCCCUUCCCAACGACUAGACACUGUUCUUGCCAGGCCCUUAGCAGUGGGAGGAAACCGAAGGACCCGGAGAAAACCCACAAGGUUGGAUAGGC